UUCAGGCCCAGGUGGAGGGACGGGCAGGGGGAGCGGCGCGGGAGCCUAUGCAUGGCCGGGCGGCAGCGCCAAGGGUGAGUCCAGGUCCUGGGGUGCCCCUGCAUGUUGACAUGGCCGCGGGCAUCAUCCGGCCCCUGGCUGAGCUGCGGCUGCCCUCACCUUUCCCACAUGGCCUGCUGCUGCCCACACGCCCUGAGCCAGACUUUCCCGACCUCUCGGAGGAAGAUGAGGAGGAAGAGGAGGAAGAUGAAGAAGAGGCAGUGGAGGAGAGCAUGAGGCCAGAGCUGGCCAUCCCCAGCACUGCUGAAACCACCCUACAGCUCCUCAAGUUUUCAGAGCUCAUCAGCUGUGACAUUCAGCGCUACUUUGGGCGGCGGGGACAGGAGGAGGCUACUGGCAGCCCUGGUGUGCCCGAGGACCAUGUCUCAUCUCAACAGGCUGAGGCCCAGCCUGAGCCUGUGGCACUGCAAGGCAGCCCCACAGCCGUGCACCGGCUGGGGCCGCUGGCUGAGCUCUUCGAGUACGGUGUGCACCGGUGCCUGCCACCCCGGGUAGCCGGCAGCAAGACACAGCGUCUGGAGAGGAAAUAUGGCCACAUCACCCCCAUGCACCGGAGGAAGCUGCCACCCUCCUUCUGGAGAGAGCCAGGCCCCAGCCCCACUGGCCUCCUCCACACCAGCACCCCUGACUUCAGUGACCUCCUGGCCAACUGGACGGUGGAGCCGGGGCUGGAGCUGCCAGGUACCGGGCGGGAGCUGCCCCCUGAGCCAGGCUGCGCAGGGCUGGAUUCCGAGCCCUUCACUGGGCUGUGACCCCACCAUGGCCCUUAGGGCCCCUGGCCCUGCCACGUGCCACCCAGUUAAUGAUAAACCCAGUGGGUCCAGUGCCAGCAUUGGGGCAGCCAGAGCUGCUGGGUCAGAGCUGGCGCUGAGAUGAUUGAAUAAAUGACUCCCGCCAGGCA